AUGUCCAAAGAUGUGUUGGUUUUUCCCGAGUCGGAGCGGCCGUUCUUAGAGCCUUACCUCCUGCCACACAAUGCCGAGAUCAAGAAUUCCAACUUGCCCUUUGUGACUCUUACCUUUGCUACAUCACUGGACUCGUCUCUCAGCAUUGCGCCCGGAGCUCGGACCGUUCUUUCAGGCCCCCAGUCUAAGGCCAUGACGCAUUACCUCCGAUCUCGCCAUGACGCUAUCUUGAUCGGAGUGGGCACAGCUGUGGCAGAUAACCCCGGCUUGAACUGUCGAAUUCAAGGCGUUGGGGGGUAUGGUGGCGGCGACAACCUUCAGGGACAGCCCAGACCCAUCAUCAUUGACCCCACAGCUCGAUGGGACUUCACGGAGGAGGCCCAGAUUCUUCAACUUACUAGGAAUGGCUGCGGACGUGCUCCCUAUAUAUUGACGCGGAACCCAUCACCUCCUGCCGAGCAAAGACAGAUUCUCGAGGAACAUGGUGGGAAGUUCAUUACACUCGAUAUCACUACACCCGAAACUGGCCAUGAUCUCGAUUGGACCGCCGUGUUGGAGACCUUGAAGAAGGAAGGCCUCAACAGUGUUAUGAUUGAAGGUGGCAGUGGUGUGAUCAAUACCCUACUGGAGCCGUCGUUCCAGCCGUUGAUUGACAGUGUGAUCAUUACCAUUGCCCCAACAUGGCUGGGCCAGGGUGGAGUGGUCGUGUCGCCGAAACGACGAUUUGAUGCAGCUGGUAAUGCAGUUCCAGCCUCACGGCUUGCCAAUGUGAAAUGGCACCCAUUUGGUGAAGAUGUGGUGCUCUGUGGGAGGAUCAAAUCUUGA